UGCUGCAGUGGAAUGCGUGAAUUCGUCCGUGGUAUUUAGGUGUUUUGCUAUUUUCUCUCGCAGAAAAAGUUUGCAACCCAACCAGAAAUACUUCCGUUUGGGGUUACAUCUCGCGGUACAUAUUCGUGGUGGUGUAUACAUUCAGUUAUACCAUGGUUCUAACGCGUGUAUUCCGUGCCGUCGGUCGUACGACCUUGCUGGAUGCAGCCAGUGGGGGCCAACAACGGGGACAGCAGCUGGUUCGACUGCCGCUGCGUCGCAAGUACACUUAUCGCAGCGGUGCCUUGAAACCGAUGCCCGAAAUCACACCGUUCGGAUUGUUCGGCAUUAUCUGUACGGUCAUACCGGGUCUACUGAUUGGGGCCACCAUCAGCAAGAACAUGGCCAACUUUCUCGAGGAAAACGAUCUGUUUGUGCCGUCGGAUGAUGAUGAUGAUGACGAUUAAAAAAAUGCGAGCUGUCCAUACUACCGUAGCCGUUCCGUGGCAUUUGGGUAGGAUCGAUAUUUUUAGAAUCGAACAAUUCUUCACGCCGAACGCCGGUGUAAAUAAUUCUAACAAUGUUUCAACCUUUUACCGUUGCGCGAUUCCCGCUUCCCUAUAGUGUAGCGAACGAAUGGAGGAACGAGUCUUGUUAAUAGGAUGUUAAACGAAGCUAUUACUCUUUGCUUGGAAUUGUUUCCCCAACGUAGUUAACUCUUCCAAUCAGCGUUAAGUGUACACUGUUACGAAAAAGCGGUUUAAAUGCAAAAGUUGCAGGACGAUUCCUCCACACGCCCACACCAAACGCACCAGUGAUAUUCCGGAGAAAAAUCCGCGCCCCAUUAAUGGUU